GUAAAAUGUUGUGGCAAAUUUCAUCAAAGUUGGUGUACCCCUAUUAAUGAAGUACAAGGUGUGCGAAAAUUCCAGAACGAGAAGCAUAUUUUGACAGGCUGUUAGUUUGGGAUGCGUAAAACGGUUGCGUUGGACUAUUUUCGCCACAAGUUGACUUACGCAUGCGCAUCACGAAAGAAUGCUAAUGUUUACGGGAAGCUGCAACGAGCCAGUUUGUCGUCGGUGUAUCACGCAGUACGGUUGCACGGUUAAUAAAUAGCAAAGUGGUGUUUUCACCUUCAAUAUGACUAGCAAACACAUUCUAGAACGGGCCGAAACUGCUCUAGAGUUAGCGCAAGAGUUUCUGCUCGAGUCGGAAGAUGAAAUGUUCGACGAGGAUGAAAUUGAUGAGGAGGAAGAAAACGAAAGCGAAAGUUGUGAUACGAAGGAAAAUGAAGCAACCACCCCAGUAGAACGUGAAAAUACAGAUGACGAAGGAAAGGAUCGCAAAGGCGAUUCGAAUGGCAAAGAAAAAGACUCAACUACGGAUCCCAAAAGCAAGAAAUCAUCCAAAGGUAUGGGCAAAAAGUUGAAAAGUUUGAUGGGCGUAGUAAUGCAACCGCUUGGUUCAAAGGUAAACUGGAAAAUAGAUUUCAACUUGGGAGUAAAUGCAUCAAACCAGAAGGACAAAAGCGGGAACAAAGUGAAUUCUAAAAUCGAGAAAGCCGACGCUCCACGCAAUCCAAAGAAGAGUGAACAGUUGUCUGAAAAUGAUAAAAAGAUUGCAAGCCUGGAAAACGAAAAUAAACGAUUGGAAAAGAUUGCGCAUAAAUUUCUUGACGAGUGUAUUCGACUAAAAACAAGAGUCGGAGAGCUUUCAGAGGUGGAAGCACAACUUACGGCGGUAAAAGCUGAUAACGAGCGGCUCAAAGCAGAAUUGCUUGAACAGCAAAAGCUUCGCCAAAGCUUGGCAGAAAACUUAGCAACCCAAACUGAAGAACAUCGGAAGGAAGUCAAACGACUUGAUGAAGAGCUUAGAGUGGCUAAGACCGACUUCACUAAGCUAAAAUGCAAAAGCCAAGAACAAGAGCAAGAAAUCCUUCGCUUGAGAAAAGAACUGGAAGCACUUUCAACACAGCAUGCGAAUCUUAAGAAAGAGAUGGAUUGUAAAGCGGAGCAGUAUCUUUUAGAAGUGACGAAGCUCAAUGAAAGCUUGGAACAGAUAGAAACGGAAAAAAGUGAGCUGAAUUUGCUCCUUGAAAAGCUUAAAGCUGAUUUGCAAAUUGCACAUGAGCACAACACAAACGCAAGCACACAAAACGCGCAGCUGCAGCAGAAGAUGAGAGCGAUGGAAAAUGAUAAAAACAUGAUAGCGUUACAGUAUGAAGCUUCCAAUGCUAAAGUGUCUGAGCUGCGUCGUGCGAUACAUGUUUUGGAAUCAAACGCUUUUACAACGACUACGGCACAAACGCCGAGUGAUGGUUCGUUUUCUUGUCCCAUAUGCGGAGCCCAGUUCACCAGUUUGGCCAAUAUGCAGCUCCAUGCAGAGGAUUGUAAUGCAUAAAUGUGCACUGUGGUUCAGCAUUCUCGUAUCUUAAUUUUAAAGUGAUCGUAACAUUUUCCAACACAAUUAUGAAUUUAGGUGAUUAUUUUAAGCUUUAAGUAGAAAAAAAAGAUUGUUAGAAGUUUAAAUACUUUCAAAAGAAAUCAUUUAAUCCAUAUAAAAUCUGAUCCUCUUAUUAUUUCAAACUAACUAAGGAUACGAUACAAAUGUCUUGUUGAUAGUUUGAAAUCGUUCCGUUAAAUGUCGAACGAAAAAUAAAAUUCCCCAUAAUUAAAUGAAGAUAUGUAUAACAUAAUCCUAAAGUUUGUGUUUUAAUAUCUCCUUGCUGCCACCACACUUUUACGUAAAAUACUCUGAAGGACCAUACAUUUCUGGCAGUGUAAAAUCUCCACGCUUAUUAUUCCGUACAUUCUAUAAAGAUAGAGAAUAUCCAAGGGUUAGCAGAGUCUAGUUCGUUCUAACUAAACAAUAUUUCAGCUAACAAUAUUUGAAGGUUGGUAGGCACAGGCUUUCAUUCACAACUCAAAGUGGUUAAUAUUUCAUUAUAUUUCCUUCUACUUCCCCUACUAGUUUGGCAAAAAACGGCUCAAACGUAUUUUUAUUAUUUUUUCAUUUUCUUUUUUAUGUCUUCUAAAGAGUUUCAAUAUGUAAUUGAAAGAGUACUGAUAUGUCAGAUCAUGCUCUAUCA